AUGAAGAAGACACAAGUUGCCAAGGGAGAUGGUUGCUACAUAUGCGGUGGACCGCAUGUUUAUGCAAAGUGCUCUGAACUUAAGAACCUUGGUGCUAUCCUCCGAGAGCGGAAGGAGAAGGAAGCACAAGAGGAAGAUGAAGUCGAGGAGACUAAACAAUUGGGCUUGAUUAGUCUAUGUGGAGCUGUCACCAAGCAACCACCAAAGCUGCCAAGGCAAGAGAAGCCGAGGCAAGAGGAGCAGAAGCAUGCGGAACAGGGGCCGGCAAAGUCUAAGGCAUGCUCUCAAUACGUCGACAUCAAGAUCAAUGGAAAAUGUGCUCGUGCGUUGGUCGACACAGGUGCUGAGGUCAACCUCAUGGCCAAGACAGCAGCAACGAGGUUGGGGUUGCAAUAUAGUCCAAGCAACGCCCAAAUCAAGACGGUCAAUGCACCACCAACUCCCGUAGAUGGAGUUGCGCACGGAGUGAGCAUCACGAUAGGCAAUUGGCAAGGUAAAACCAAAUUCACCGUCGCGCCCUUAGAUAUCUUUGAUACAAUUCUUGGGCAGGAGUUCUUCCAGCAGUGCCAUGCGGUGAUCGAUCCUUAUCUCCAACGACUGAUGAUCAUGGAGAAAGGAGGAACAUGUAUGGUUCCCAUGGUGAAGGCACAAAAGACGGAAGGACAGAUCCGGCUGACGGCCGUGAAGCUCGAGAGGGUCGACGAGAGAAAGAAGAAAACAUCAACAGCCACCAUUGCAAGUUUGGGAGAAGACAAUGGUGCUGAAAAGUCCUUGCCACCGCGCUCGAAGAAGGUUCCAAGAAGGAACACUGCCGUGAUGAAAGAGAAGCCGCCGAGGCAGUUGCCUCCUAUGAAGGAGGAAGUUCGAAAGAUCGGGUCGAGAGAGAUCGGGCAACCGAUGAGGAGGCUGCUCGAAGGAAUUGAUCGAGUGCGUUAA